AUGUCAAGCCAACAAAAUGGAGGGGCCGUGGAGCAAAAGCCCCUACUUGCUGGAGCAUUAGUCUUAUCCACAACUCUGCCCAUUGCCUGUCAAAAUAAAGCCGAAGUUGCUCCUCGCUUGCGUGCAUAUCGCAUUACGCCCACUCAGCUUCGUGACUUUGACGAUAUUGCAACGGAUUUGCUCAUCGACAGCGUGUACCCAGAGGUAACGAUUCGGAAGAAUUGUAACACAUAUUCAUCGACUUGCGAAAAUCGAAAGGAUAUAGUUUCGAUAAUAAAAAAUGUUGCUAUCAAGCAGAGAGACCCAGCGAGGGCAGUUUCACAGCUAUUCCAGGUCCCGGACCUGAAAAGAUUCUUAGACAACCUCGCAUCGGCCGAUGAGAAGGAAGACCUCCAGAAGCACAUGAGAAAAUAUGUCAAUCUCUACUUGCCAGACUGUCCAUUCGAAGUUUCAAGGACCACCAGAUACUCACCUCUACCCGAGGCCGCACUCAAAGCACGGAGAGACAUCGAGAAAGGCGAGAUCACAUACUUGUGCGGAGCUCAAGCUUGCUUCACAGGAGGGGAAAUACCCGAUCAGGAUGAUCUCAGCGUCACGCAGUCAAGUCGCCAUAAGCUUCUCUUUAGAAUGGCUGGCCCAACGCGUUUCGCAAAUCACGAGUGCGACCCGAACGCCUGCCUAAAAUCAACCGAACCAUAUGAUGAGGUCAAGAUAAUAGCUUUGAGGAAAAUUUGGGCUGGCGAGGAGAUUACCGUUUCCUACGAGAACAACGCCUUCGGGAGAGACAAUUGUCAUUGCCUUUGUGAGACGAGCAAACCUCGCAUGGCUAAACACGCUUCUCGUUAUCUACGGUCUGUAAGGGAAGAAAUUCCGAUCAGCAAGGCAAUACUUGCCCUGAUGGAACGCCGGCAUAAGGAGUUAUAUGGAUGGGAGUGGCCUAGGACGAGGUGA